AUGGUUUUUUCAAAAUUAUGGAUUUUCCUGGUCUUUCAACGGAGGGCAAGCCUUUAUGGGGUUGUAUGUUUAUGGAUAAAAAGCAAAAAAAUAUCUUAGAAACCAAUCAGGAUGUGUGGUAUCUUGAUUUGACACAUCGUGUGUCAAGGGAUUUCGGUAAGAGAAUGAAAAACAGUUCUGUUUACUUAUACACUGUGGUGGCACGUGAUAAAGUUACUGGAAUGGGAGUACCUUGUGCUUUUUUCAUUACAAAUACAUUGAAAGAAGAUCCAAUCAUUCUGUUUUUGGGAUUUCUUAAGCUGCAUUCAGUGACACUCAAGCAAGUUAUGAUUGAUUGUUCAAUGCCUGAACUUAGUGCCAUUAAAACUGUCUUUCCAGAGUCAAGCGUGUCUAUCUGUAAAUGGUACAUUCUUCGUAAUGUGCGUACUGAAGCCAGGUCAAUAUUUAACGAUAAAGAAUCACAAGAUUAUGCUGUUGCUAAGAUCACUGCCCUUUUUGAUAAUUCAACGAAAGAUGAAAUAGCACAAAAAAUACAUGAGUUUAAAGAGCAAUUUGCAGAUUAUCCCAAGUGGCUUAAUUAUUUCAAAUAUUGCGAAAAUUUAUUGCGUUGUUGGACGAAUAAUGCAGAGGUGUCUUUGAACCAAGAAAAUAGUACCAAUAACUGUAUUGAAUCAUAUCACCAUACUAUUAAAAUUAAAUUCAUCAAAUCUAUAAGAAAGCAUACCCCGGACGACCUUCUUUGUGUUUUAUACAAAGAGGUCACUCCUUUUUAUAUGAAGUGGUAUGAUGAUGUUCGUAUUCGAGGAAGGAGACCCAACUUAAAUAAAGCAGAACUUGGAUAUUUUGAUGCAGCAUAUAGCUUAUCAGAGGAUGAUUUAAAAAAGUAUGUUACAAUUCAAAAAGAAGGGGAAAUACAAGAAGGAGAAACCCAAGAAGAAAAGGAAACCCAAGAAGAAAAAGGUUUCGUAAAGUCUUUAAAAGACGAAAAUGUAACAUAUACUGUCACAAUUAAAGGGGCUAGAGGUAAAUGCACUUGUAACAUUGAUAGGAACGAUAGUUCAUGGUGUAAACAUCUUUAUAUGUACCAAAGAUUGAAGCAGUUGCUUUUAGGUGAGGCUAUUGAGAAGCAAAUGAAUUUGUUUGCUGAUAAUUCUGAAGAUUAUCCAUCUGAUGUGAGUGAUAGUGAAAGUGAGGAUUAUGAAUCUUUUUCAGAUAUUGAAUUUGAUAAUGGAAAUGAUAUUGGAAAUGAUAAUGGAGAUGAUGAUGGUCAUCAGAACGAACCAAACAAUAAUGCUGGUGAUCCUUAUGAUAGUAAUGAAUUUGAUUUCUCAAGAUAUGAAGUAAGGAAUGAAGAUCUGCAAAAUGUUGUGGAUGUGGUGAAUCCAACAUUGUUGAACAGCCUUUCUGAUGACGAUGAUGAUAGUGAUGAUGAAUUACUGUCUACGGAAAUGGAAAUGCCAAAUGAUCAAUCAAUUCAAAAUAUUACACCAGCCAAUAUACCUCAAAAAUCUCGUGAAGAGUUAAUUAAUAAAAUCAACGGUCAUCUUAGGAGUAUUUCAAAGAGAUACUCGGAAAUAAUUGAAAAGUCACCUGAGAAACUUGAUGAACUUGAACUUAGUAUGAAAGGUUUAAUUCAACUAUUGGAAAAUAUGUUAACUGGUAGAGAAAACUUAGCUAAUAAUCCAAAACGCAGAAAAAAAAGCUGA